UCAUGCGCGGGGCAUUGUAAAAGACGGGCGGCGGCGGUUUCUGUUCUUGUCGUGGUUGGGUUCCAAAAGAGACGAUCCAGUAGUUUCAUUCAAAUCAAUGGCUCCUCCUCCUCCUCCUCCCAUGGAAAACCAGAGGGACAGACUGAGCAACUUACCGGACUCUCUAAUCCACACUAUCCUCUCCCUCCUCGACACCAAAUCCGCCGUCCGUACUUUCCUCCUGUCCAAGAAAUGGACCCACCACUGGAAAUCCUCCCUCCACACCCUCCGCCUCUCCUCCCCUUCCUUCCGCACCAAAAACUCCUUCAAGAGAUUCGUCGAAUUCGUCCUCGCCAAUCGCGACCCCUCCGCCCCUCUCCGCGCCCUAAUUCUCUUCAACGAGUCCCGAGACAAGUCCCUCGCCGACCGAAUUCUCCGCUACGCCGUCGCCCACUCCGUCCGGGAAAUCGACGUCUUCCGCCACUUGGAGCCCAACGAACUGGAGCAGAUCCUCGGCUGCAAGUCUCUGCGGAGAAUCGUCUUCCACAGCAUCGAAAUCGGGUGUUCCGACUUCUCCGGAUGCGCGGAUCUGGGAGAUCUGUCCCUCACCGGGUGCACAUUCUUUCCGGGUCGGGUCACGGUGGGGAAUAUGAAGAAUCUGACCAUAAUCCACACUCAUUUCCCCUACCACGAAUACGGGGACAACGAUUUCAAAAUAUUCUCCCAGAGUUUAUCCACCUUGACAUUCGGGGGGAAGUGCUCGAGCUUUGCCAUGAUUCGUCUCAGAUCGCCAUGCCCGGUGGUUCUUCUGGACAAGAUUGACCUUCGUCUGAUUCAAAUAUGCUCCGAGGAAUCCGACUUCCCGGUCGCCGUGAAGACUCUGCGGUGGAUGAUCUUCCAUUCGAAAUCACUCGUCCUUGAGAUGAAGGAGAAGAAGAAAGAGUUUAGGGUGAAAACAGAGUUAGUGGGAGAUAAAGAAGUACGCCUCGCUGUCUUCAAUGUGACCACUGCUGAAACUGAGUUCUUCUGGAAAGCGGCGGAUGAAAACUUUGAACCCUUUUUGUCCACUUUUACUCAGGUGUGAGGAUCGAUACUUGCUUCGAGAGAUUAGAAGUUUUUACAUGGAUGCUGACCCUACUUCCUCGUCUGAGGAUGAAAGCCGCGACUAUAUUUAUGAUGACUACGGUUUGCUAUAAUAAUAUUGUCAUGAUAUAUCUGACGCUCCGUAUGCAAGUUGUUUUUUGGGACGCUCCGCAUGCAAGUUGUUUUUUGGGUCUUGAUGACGCUCGCUCGCUCUUUGAAUCUUAUUUAUAGCUUCUUCUCUUUUUAUUUAAGUAGUAUUUUGACCCGUGCCACGCACGGGAUGGAACAAUAU